GCUAGUACUGCGAUGACGGCACAUAAGAAUACCAUCGUGCAGUUUACCCCGUUCUCCUCGCUCGUCCAGCCCGAGUUCUGGCAUGAACUUACCCGCCUUAAGGUUGAUGUUCUCCGCCUCGCUGAACACUCACUACCAAUCUCAGCAACUUACGCCGUCGGCCGUUCCAUCACUGACAGAGAAACGGGAAAAGAGGUCGACCUCGGAUGUCAUAUAACCCUCGGUGGAGAUGCGUUUGAUGUCGACGCAAAACCCCUACAGCAUUCCAUUCGCUGCACCGGGACCUUCAAGAACUUCAACACAAUUGAGGACUUUAGGGCUGCAGAUAAAUCUGCACUCUUUAAUCAGGUCGCCGACGAGAUAUGGAACGCAAUCAGGGAUACCGGGGACUCCAGCGUAUUGAAUAGAUUUCUCCUGAUUACCUUCGCGGAUCUUAAGAAGUACAAGUACUACUACUGGUUUGCUUUCCCGGCUCUUGUGGCAAAACCAGCUUGGUCUAUCACUGAACCUGGAUGGCAAUCCGCUUCAGACGUCCUUGGUGUUUCCAUACUCGCGUCAAUCCAUUCUAAGCUGCCGUCCAAUCCUCUUCCAUUCUUCUUGGCUCGGCCUUCAGGAAACGAAUAUGAGACUGCUCCGUUGUCUGAAUUUUCGACUUUCUUCGAAGACAUUCCACCCUCGCAACAGCUCGUUUGCUUUCUCGACCCGUCCGCAAGCCCAGAGCAUCCAGGCUGGCCAUUGCGCAAUGUGCUUGCCCAUCUCCGCGAACGCUUUCUGACCAAAGGUGCCGCAACAGUACGUGUACUUUGCUGGCGAGAUACAGAAAAGCCUCGCGAUGGUGUACCGUCGCGCAGCCGGUUCGGAGUAGUUGAAUGUCCUGCGUCAGAAUCGACGGAAAGACCUAGUGCUGUAGGCUGGGAGAAGAAUACGUCCGGAAAGCUAGGCGCACGCCUCGCGGAUCUUGCACCCAUGCUCGACCCGAGACAACUUGCCGCUCAGGCAGUUGAUCUGAACCUCAAGCUCAUGCGCUGGCGCAUUCUUCCCGCGCUUGACCUCGAGCGCAUAGCGGGAACGCGUUGUCUACUUUUAGGUGCUGGAACAUUAGGAUGCUACGUCGCGCGUGUCCUGCUUGGGUGGGGCGUACGCGAUAUAACUUUCAUCGAUUCCGGAGUUGUCGCAUUCAGCAAUCCUGUACGGCAGCCCCUUUUUGAAUUUGAGGACUGUUUAGAAGGAGGAAAGCCGAAGGCUGCAUGCGCGGCUAACGCGGUUAGACGAAUCUUUCCAGGUGUCAACGCUAAAGGGAUUAUGCUAUCGGUACCUAUGCCCGGCCAUCCUGUUCCACCACAAAGUACCGAGCAAGUACGGCAAGAUAUUGCCCAGCUCGAGACACUUAUUGCGGAACAUGAUGCAACCUUUUUGUUAAUGGACUCGAGAGAGAGCCGAUGGUUGCCGACAGUAAUAGGAAAAGCGAAGGGAAAGAUUGUGCUGAACGCUGCCCUUGGGUUUGAUUCUUAUCUUGUCAUGCGUCAUGGAGCUCGCUCCUCUACAGCUUCAACUGCGACGCCGAAUCUCGGAUGUUAUUACUGCAACGAUGUUGUUGCACCUGCAGACUCUCUGACGGAUCGCACUCUGGAUCAAAUGUGCACUGUGACCCGGCCAGGGUUGGCCGCAAUAGCAUCUGCUUCGGCGGUUGAAUUGCUUGUUUCUGUCUUACAGCAUCCUGCAGGUGUCCAUGCUCCUGCUCCAUCGCCAGAUUACCUCUCAAAGGAUUAUGACGACGAGGCUGCUGAGAAGAGUGGAUUUAAAGGCGUGCUGGGUGUAGUGCCACACCAGUUGCGCGGAUUCCUCGCACAGUUUAGAACCUUACCUAUCGUUGGGGCUGCAUAUGAGAGAUGCACGGGGUGCAGUGAAGCGGUCCUGCAAGCAUAUGAGAAGGAGGGGUUUGACAUGUUUCUGAACGCUUUCAAUGAUACAAAGUACCUGGAGAAGUUAACUGGCUUGGACAAAUUGCAUAUCGAAGGAGAGGCGUUACUGGAAGCCAUGGAAGGUGCAGAAUGGGACGAUGACGAGGGCGAACUGUGAAGACUUGAUUGAUAAUAAAUGAGACAGACGUACAUCCCGCCGUUUGCGGGAGGAGUGGUAUACCCCAGCCGACUAACGAAUCUUGAUGUGUACUAGCGAUAGUGUAUGAUAACG